AUGGGGAAGCCCAUCUUGGGAAUGGGUUGUGGAAAGGACAUGAGCAGCUCUCUUCCAGUCCAGGAGGAGGGAGGCCAGACAGUGACUGCCAUGCUCAGGGCUGCGUCAUGGACCUUUAGGGGUCUUCACUGCACCUCAGUCCCUUUCUCAGGAAGAAUAAACAGCAAAAGGGCAGAUAGGAGCUGUCCCCUGGCUGAGAAGGUGGCUGUGAUCACUGGGUCCACAAAAGGGAUCGGUUUUGCCAUCACCCAGCGUCUGGCCCAGGAUGGGGCCCACGUGGUGGUCAGCAGCCGGAAGCAGCAGAAUGUGGACCGAGCGGUGGCAGCACUGCAGGGGGAGGGGCUGAGUGUGACGGGCACCGUGUGCCAUGUGGGGAAGGCCGAGGACCGGGAGAGGCUGGUGGCCACGGCCCUGGAGAACUAUGGAGGCAUCGACUUCCUGGUGUGUGUGGCAGGGGUCAACCCCUUGGUGGGGAGCACUCUGGGGGCCAGUGAGCAGGUGUGGGACAAGAUCCUGAACGUGAAUGUGAAGGCCCCAGCCCUGCUGCUGAGCCAGCUGCUGCCCUACAUGGAGAAGAGUGGGGGAAGCUCUGUGGUUCUGGUCUCAUCUAUGGUGGCGUAUGUGCCAGUACCAAAGCUGGGAGUCUAUAAUACCAGCAAAACAGCGCUGUUGGGCCUCUGUAAGUCUCUGGCUGUGGAGUUGGCCUCAAAAGGCAUCCGAGUGAACUGCCUGGUGCCAGGAAUAAUCAAGACUGACUUUAUCCAAGUGGAGAAAACUUUGCCAUACUUGCUACCUGACUUGAAUGAAAUCUAUGGAUUGCAGUGGUUUGGGGAGCCUGAAGAAUGUGUGGGGAUUGUGUCCUUCCUCUGCUCUUCAGAUGCCAGCUACAUCACCAGGGAGAACAUUGUGGUGGCCGGCUACUCCCCUAAACUGUGA